GAAGAGAGAGAGGGAAGGGAAGGGAGUGGUAGAGGAAAAGAGUGUAUCUCCCAAACCCUAAAAUGGACGACAGAGACAAAUCCGAUAAGAGAACCAGAGAUCGCCACUCCGACCGCGACCGCGACCGCGACCGCGACCACAAGCAUCGCGGCGAUGACAAACGACAUCGCGAUUCCGACGACCACCGCCACCGAGAUUCCGAUGACCACCGCCAUCAUCGAUCGGACAGGAAUCUCAAGCGCGACCACAAAUCCAGGGACAGGGAAGACAGAGAAGGAAGCAGGGAUAGGGAUAAGGAUAGGGCUUAUGAAAGAGAGGAUAGAGAGGGUAGCAAAGGUAGGAGGAAGCGUGAUGAAGAGAGGGAAGAUUCAUUGGAGCCGCGACACUCUUCUCAUUCUCAUAAGCGGAAAGACAGGGAGCACAGCGAGGACAGGGUGUCGGAGGAUAAGAAAAUUAGGGUUUCUGACGAUAGGAAGGAAGGGAGGAGAGAACGGAGGAAGUUUGGGGAUAAAGUUAAGAAGGAAGAAGAAGAAGAAGAUCAUGAUUACGACGAUGUUCGAGGCAUUCAAGUCAUUGUUGAUGAGGUCAAGGUUAAGGAGGAAGUCACUAAUGGUGCCCAUGGCUCUGCCAAAGGCACUGCUUCAGUACAAAACGGCAUUGCCUUGGGAUCGCCUGCUGUGGCGCCCACAAGUGAGCCCGAGACAUAUUUGGCCCCUCCUCCUUCCUUUCCUAUCAAGGUAUCUUCGAUUUCUACCACAAAUGAAAAUAAGGGCGUUAGUAUUACCAGGUCUCAUGAGGUUACUGGAAAAUCUAGUACAGAUGGGUCAUCUUCAACUGCUGGAAAAACUGGAAGCCUCUCUAUUGACGCCUUAGCUAAGGCUAAGAAAGCUUUACAAAUGCAGAAGGAGUUGUCGGAGAAGCUGAAGAAAAUUCCUCAGUUGAAUAAUUCUACCCCAAAUUUGCAAGGAAGCACACAUUUGGAUUCAAAGAAUGAAUCUACAGUCCCCUCUGCUAGUGCUGGAGUAGCAUCAAAAACUGCCACCUCAGAUUCUUUGGGGCCUGUUGCAAAUAUGUCAAUUUUUCCUGCAGCUGCUGCUGCUGCUACUCAGGCAAAUCCUCCUGCUAGUGGCGCUAAUGCUGCUAGUAUUGCAACUCUACCCAACUAUGAAGCUGUCAGGCGUGCUCAGGAGCUUGCUGCCAGGAUGGGAUUCCGUCAAGAUCCACAAUUUGCUCCACUAAUAAAUAUGUUUCCUGGCCAGAUGGUAGCAGAUGUUGCUAUCCCGCAGAAACCAACCAAGGCCCCUGUUCUUCGUCUGGAUGCUCAUGGACGGGAAAUAGAUGAAUAUGGGAAUGUUGUCAAUGUUACUAAGCCAAGCAACCUUAGCACAUUAAAGGUCAACAUUAACAAACAGAAGAAAGAUGCAUUUGAAAUACUGAAACCUGUAUUGGAUAUCGAUCCUGAAUCUAAUCCUCAUUUUGAUGAAAGGAUGGGUAUCAACAAAACAAAGCUCCUGCGGCCUAAGAGGAUGAAUUUCCAGUUUGUGGAGGAAGGAAAGUGGUCAAAAGAUGCUGAAACAAUAAAAUUGAAGAGUAAAUUUGGAGAAGCUCAAGCAAAAGAGCAGAAGGCCAAACAAGCACAGCUGGCAAAGGCAAAGGCUGCUCCUGAUAUAAAUCCAAAUUUAAUAGAAAUACCAGAGAGUGUCAGAAUUAAAGAAAAACCCAAGGAACAAAUUCCAGAAAUUGAGUGGUGGGACAUGCUUAUUCUGAAAUCUGGAAGUUAUGGUGACCUUGCCAACGAAACCAUAGGUGAAGAUAAACUGAGAAUGGACAGAGUUUCAUUUUAUGUGGAGCAUCCUCGUCCGAUUGAACCACCUGCUGAGCCUGCCCCUCCACCACCUCAACCCCUCAAGCUAACCAAGCAAGAGCAGAAGAAACUCAGGACACAAAGGCGUAUAGCUAAGGAGAAAGAGAGGCAGGAGAUGAUAAGGCAGGGGGUCCUAGAACCGCCAAAGUCCAAGGUCAAGAUUAGCAAUUUAAUGAAAGUACUUGGCUCUGAAGCAACUCAAGAUCCUACCCGACUUGAAAAGGAAAUACGUAGUGCAGCUGCUGAGCGUGAGCAGGCUCACAUAGAUAGGAAUAUUGCACGCAAGCUUACUCCUGCUGAGCUGCGGGAGAAGAAGGAGAGGAAGCUGUUUGAUGACCCAAACACACUGGAGACACUUGUCUCACUUUACAGGAUAAAUGACCUCUCGCAUCCAAAGGCCCGCUUUAGAGUUGAUGUUAAUGCUCAAGAGAACCGUUUGACUGGAUGUGCUGUGAUUUGUGAUGGUAUUAGUGUUGUUGUGGUUGAAGGUGGAAGCAAGUCAAUUAAGAGGUAUGGGAAACUUAUGUUAAGACGUAUUAAUUGGAGUGACCUUUCAAAAGAGAAGGAAGAAAAUGAAGAUUCAGAUGAUGAUAAGCCUGCCAAUAAGUGCGUUCUGGUGUGGCAAGGAAGUGUUGCCAAACCGAGCUUCAAUAGGUUCAGCGUUCAUGAUUGCAUCACGGAAGCAGCUGCCCGUAAAGUUUUUGUGGAUGCUGGUGUUCCUCAUUAUUGGGACCAAGCUGUCAAAUACGUUGAAGAUGAUGAAGCAGUUUGAAUUGUCUUCUAAUGUUUUCGUUCAACAUUGGUAGCCUGCCUUGACUAAAGACUUUUGGUGAGUGAUCCGUUUUACAAUUUGCAUUAAGCAAUGUUUAAAACAAAUAAUAUAUACGAUAACUGCUAUUGCUCCUUUGUUUCCCUUGGCCAACGAUGUCUACGAAUAUAAAUUCGCUUGAUCAUUCAGUGGUGUAAACAUUGUCGCCUCGGUUUGGAUAAUGUCCAUCCAGGAUGCUAAUGAUUGUGUGCGAUAUAGCACUGGUUAAAAAAUUUAGGCCUUCGGGAUUUACUGUGAUGUUUCCUAUUUUGAAAACUCUCAUUUUCUUUGUCACACUAUCGUGUUUGAAUAUGCUAAUAUUUUAUUGCUCUCCCUUCUGGUGUAUCCACGA